AUGUUUUUAUCUUUGAGACCUUCAUUGAGUGUUUCUCGUUUGGCUGUUGUUAGAAGAGCUUACUCUUCUCCGGCUUCUAAAAAGCAAAUCAACGAUGGAUUAGUACCAUUGCCUCAUAAGGAAGUCAUCGAUAUGGCUUUUGAUUUACAUUUACCUGAAAGAUCAGUUAUUGGUAAAUUGCCAUACCAUAGCCCGGAACCAAUCAUCUUUUUCCAUGGGUUGCUAGGUUCCAAGCGUAAUUAUAAACAUGAUUGCAAGAAAUUGGCCACCGCUUUACAAACACCAGUUUACACUGUCGACGUGAGAAAUCACGGUUCCUCCGAACAUGCUCUUCCUUUUAAUUACGGUACUUUGGUCAACGAUUUGGUUCAUUUCAUUCACCAACAUAAGCUGGGUAAAGUUAAUAUCAUUGGUUAUUCGUUGGGCGCUAAGGUCGGUAUGUUGGCAUGUUUGAAACAUCCAGAACUUUUCAGUGCUGCCUGUAUCAUCGAUAACGCUCCAGAGCCACAACCACACAUUAAGGCUUUCCUUUCCACGUUGAUCAAAUCAUGUGUGAAAUUGUUAGAUCAAGGUAAAGUUAGAGUUGACGAUAAACUGUGGAGACACAAGGCUUCUGAAUCAUUGAAACGUUAUCUACCUAACGCUGGUGUUAGAAACUAUGUCUUGAAUAAUAUCGUCCAUAACCCAAGAGUUGUUGAAUACAGAUCUCCCGUAAUCAAUUACGAUGAUGGCUUAAUUCAUUUCAAAAACCCAGUGAGACAUAUGUUGGAUUGUGGUGUGAAAGAUGUAGCUGACUGGCCUACAGAAGAGGUAAAGGAUAAAAAAUUCUUAGGCCCAGUUAACUUCAUUAGAGCUACCAAAUCUGCAUUCAUCAACCCAGAUAGUUUGAAAGCAAUUAAUAGCUUUUUCCCAUUCAACAACAUACAUGAAAUCAAUGCCACUCAUUUUGUGUUAAAUGAACGUCCACAGGAAUACUUGAGAGCUGUUAUCGAUUUCUUCAAAGUCACUAGAUAUCAAUUGGAAAACAAGAGAAACAAGGACCCCAACAACUAUAUGCAAACCCAAAACUCCAUCUCAAACUCGGAUACGAUGGGCCAAAGUUUGUGA